AUGAAGAUUGUCUGCCUGAUCUGGAUCGUAACGUUGGUUGUCUCUGGAAGUGUCGUACGUCAAACAGGGGAAAGGCAAGGAAACACGAACAUUUAUGAAACGACAGAAGCACCGGAUGACUUCCGUGAUUCACAUUACUGGAGAGUUUGGUUUGAUCCAGUGUUAUCAGUCAUGAAUGGUGUCUUCCUAACAAAUGAUAACGGGACAGAAAUCCCGCGAAAGAAUCCAGGUAGGUGAUCACAAAGUUCACU